GAUGGUAGGUAGUGGAGUAAAUGAUUGCAUUCUGGAUCGAAAUGUUUUUGGCAAACGAAGCGGCAAUUCACUUCCAGCGAAAACAAAGACCUGGACACCUGCCCAAGACCCAGAAGUCUCAGCAGCCAUUACUCUAUUCUCUCCAUUUGUGAAUUUCGAUCUCUGCAGUCCCGCAGGCGCCGCCGCGCCGGCAACGACAUCAGACAUGGACAAUCCGAGGGGUCCCCAGCCCGGGCAGGCACGGCCACGGGCGCCGCUGCCGCCAGGAUGGACCGGCGAUUCUGAUUCACGGCGGGGCUCCGGCCCCGGCGGCUCGUGGAGCUACGACUGGGAGUGGGCCUCGGGGCCUGGAGGCGGCUGGGCCUACGGCCACAGCUCAGAGCAGGGCCCCGGCGGCACCGCGUUUGGGUUCGGCUACGGCAGCGGCGGCGGUGGUGGAGGCGGAGGGGGAAGCGGGCGCGGGCGCGGAAGCUUCGGUUUCGGUGGCCCUGGCGGCCACGCUGGCAGGUACGGCUGGGGCGGCGGAUACGACUGGGCUGGCGGUCACGCCGGCGGGUACGGAUGGGGCGGCGGGCCCGGCGGCUGGGGAGCAGGUGGUGGGGCGUUCGGGGGCGACCGCGGAGGCUGGGGCGCGCGCGCAGGGUUCGGCGGCGGGGCGCAACGGCCACCGCGCGGAGGCCGCGGCGGCGGCGGCAACUGACUUCGGGCCGUCUGUAUGGCAUGGCGAUGGCGUGGUGUGAUCAAGAACGCCAGCACACUGCAUAGUAGCAGUACAACGAUCUGGGUCUUCAGGUGUUUUAGGACAAUGUGGUCAUCUCUGGUUCAACUUUGUUAUCUUGCAAGAGCUAGUAUGGAAUUUCAGUGUGAGCAGAAAUGAUCGUAGCUCGAUCUGGAUGUUGGCCCUUGAAUAAUGUGUGCCAUCUUUGUAUAUACUCGCAGCAAGUAUCAUAUUUCA